UACCGGAAGUUUAUUUUAGUGGUUGUUGAAUGUGCCCAGCCAGCUUUCCGAUUCUAAUUUUGCUGGUUCAGAAACUACGACCGGUGGAUAAGACGACAGAUUGGCGGCGAUAGAGUGAAUGCGUUGUUUUUUCCUGUUCCGAGCAAACGAUUUGGGGAUUCAUUGCUUGACAUAUCCGUACAUUUCAAUGAAGUCAUCCGCCACCUUAAGUAUACAUAAUAAACUGCCGUCAUCGUUCAGUUUUGAACUAACGUUACACCUGAAACUAGUAUAUAUUUGCGGGUACGUAUAUGGAAAUAACAGUCAAAACAUAAGUUAUACAAUUUGCUAACGUUACUACUUAGCGAACUUUUGUCGGGUGCGAAUAUUGCAUUACUUCGGGCCAGCUAACCGUAUGGCAGUGGUAAUUAGCGUUAGUUAUCUAGGAAACGGUAGCUACGUCAUUCUGGCUGUCACAUUUGGGAUUCCGUUACACGCAAUAUGUCAGUCGACUCGUUCUUAAUUCACCUGCUUGAGUUGCUUUGCCAGCUGUUUAUUAGACUAUUUGUAUAAGUAGCGAGAAUAAAGCAGGCUAGCGAGUUCUAGCUUGCUCAUCUAGGAAUGGGCUAACGUUCCAUAAGAAAUCGCUGCUUUCGAACAAAUAUUCUAGCUAGCUGGCUAGCCAAGAACGUUAAAUUAUGUAACGUCAGGUAUGUUCUUAUAACGAUCCAUGUGCGUUUUUGUUAUUAUUUUGCUAAAGUAACAAGCUACCGUGUUCAUUUAACAUUGGCUUGUACAUUUAUCGCUUUUUAACCGUGUGUUCCUAUCUAGCUGCUAUUACUUGAUAAACACGGCGAGCAUCAGGACACUUACUUCAUAUUGUACAGAUACAGUAAUCCACAGUCACACUACAGUGCAGUAUGGAGAUGGAUUAUUUUCUGGACUUUGAAGAAUGCAUCAGAGACUCGCCGACGUUCAGAUUGGACGUGGACCAGUGUGAAAGUGAAGUGACGGAUCUGGAGGGUCGGGUGGAGAAGAGCUGCUUGGGUCAGUUUAAUCAGGGGCUCCAGGAGAUGAUUCACUUCCACACUAUGCUGUUUGACCAGACUCAAAGAGCCAUCACCCAACAGCUGAACAAUCUGCUCACACAGUUCCUGCCUCAGAUUCGAGAGACAAGGAAGGAGUUUGUGAGGAUCGGGGAGGACCUGGAGAUGGCUGCGCUCAAAAAUGGUCAGACUCCCCGCCACAAAACCACUGAUGCGGAGAGAGCCAGUCACCUGCUGCUAGCUACGCGCAAGUGCCACCAGCAUUUUGCCCUUGAUUACUGCCUACAGCUGAAUAAUUUCAAAGCUCAACAGAAGAUUGAUAUCCUCAACUCUAUUUUCUCCUACUUCCAUGCCCAGUAUACCUUCUUCCAUCAGGGUUAUGACCUGCUGAAGGACCUGGAGCCCACCAUGAAAAUCAUGGCCUCUCGGCUUGCCUUACUGUCCACGGACUGCAAAGCCAAAAAGAAAGAAAUGGAGAAUACCCAUCUGCUGGUCCAACAGAGAGAUGCUACAGGGGAGCCGAUUGUUACUGCCCGCCCUGGAGACAGUGCAGCUAUUGAAGGCUAUCUGUUCAAGCGCUCCCGCAGAAAAAACAAAACCUGGAAGAGAUGCUGGUUUUCAAUAGAAAACAAUCAACUGGUAUAUUCCAAAUCACACAAGGAGGAGGCUAAGGUCUUGUUUGAUGACCUCAGACUGUGUGCUGUGAAAUCUCUGGACAGCAUUGAUCGUCGCUUCUGUUUCGAGAUUGUGUCUGUUCAGAAGAGCUGCUCCCUGCAGGCGGACUCUGAAGGGCUGAGGCAGGCCUGGAUCAGUGCUGUACUGGGCAGCAUCGACAUGGCCUACCGCCAGAAGGUGGAAUCCCAGCAGUUAGUUACUGCUGAGAAGCCACCGAAUCCUGCGUGCCCCGACCCUCAGCCGUCGCCCCCCACCCCUCAGUCCGCCACCCUGGGCGUGGCCCUGCAGGUGUCCGGGAACUGGCAGUGCUGCGACUGCGGAGAGAAGGAGCCCCGCUGGGCUAGCAUCAACCUGGGCAUCACCAUGUGCAUCGAGUGCUCCGGCAUCCACAGGAGUCUUGGAGUUCAUCUCUCCAAAGUUCGAUCCCUCACCCUGGACUCCUGGGACCCAGAGCAGCUUAAGCUGCUGUGCAUUCUGGGUAAUGAUGUCAUCAACGGGAUCUACGAGGCGCAGUGUGCGGACCAGGGCAGGAUAAAGCCCCAUGCGCAGUCUCCGCGCCAGGAGAAGGAACUGUGGAUCAAGGAAAAAUAUGUGGAAAAGAAAUUUGUAAAGGAAGCUGCCUUAACGCACACAGAAGCCGAAGAGACGGACACAGACGCCUCAGACAGAGGGAAGGAUGCUGCCGGACGGCGCAUUUACCAAGCUGCACAGUCUGGGGACCUCGUCUCCAUGGCAACGGCGCUUGCUCAGGGGGCGGAGGUGAACUGGAGUCACCCGGAGGAGGAGGGCCGCACUGCUCUGAUUGGGGCAGCCCGUGGGGGCUCACUGCAGGCCUGUGAGUACCUGCUGCAAAAUGGGGCAAAUGUCAACUAUCGGGACCAGCGAGGACAUGGGGCAUUGCACGCUGCUGCCACCUGUGGCCACACAGGGCAAGUAUGUUUACUACUGAAGAGAGGAGCCAAUCAAUAUGCAGUUGAUGAGAGGGGACAGGACGCGCUCAGCAUUGCCAUGGACACAGCCCAUGCUGACAUUGUUACAUUACUGCGGAUGGCUCGCAUGAAUGAGGAAAUGCGAGACUCAGAAGGAUUUUUUGGAACUAUGGGUGAUGACGAGACAUUCCAGGACAUCUUCCGUGACUUCAGCAACAUGGCGUCUCAUGACCCAGAGAGGCUGUCCAGGCGGAAGUUCAGCAGGGACAAGGGUGGAGGAGACUCUGAUGAGCAGAGUUAGCGUCGGAGCCCUAUGGGGGCUGAGGCUUCGGAGCCCUGUGGGGGCUGAGGACUGCUCUGUGCACUGCCCAGUGUAGGCUGAAGCCAUAGCUGGCAGUCAGCAUUAUGAAGAAUUUAUGGAGUGCUUUACCACAAAACCUAUAACACUGUGCUGCAUCCCAGGGCUGAGGCAGGGUGCCAUACCCCAGGCCUGUCAUGCACUGAACUGUAUCUCUCUAAUGUUUUAAUCUUUUAAUUCAAUUCCAUUGCUUGAUUUUUACUCAGUACUCGGUUUUGAGAAGUCAUAUUUAUAGUGGAACUAUUAACAAUCUUGUGAAAGCAGAUCUGCUGGCAGUUUGAUAAUGUCCGGAGUCUUCACUGUGUGUCCUGCCUUUCAGAUAAAUGAGCAAACAGAAGUGUCAUGAGGAAAAAAGUGAAAUUUAUAUUUUUAACAGUGUUUUUUUUUUUUUUCAAAAUCGAAGGUGUAAGAAUACUACUGAGUAUUAACAAGGAUAAUAAAGUAAUACUGUGUCAGAACUGUG